AUGCCAUCUGACACCCCAAUGAAAAACAGGGCCAUAACCCAGUCAGAAAAACAAGGUUAUAAAACAGCUCACCCACAUCUGGGAGUACAGUGGGAAGGGGCAGCAGCGCUCCACGGACAUCUCUGCGGCCGGAGCCUGCACAGCAGCCCAGCAGUGGCCACAUACAAGUACGUGAACAUGCAGGAGCCCCAGAUGGACAUGAAGUCGGUGACUGACCGGGCAGCACAGACCUUGCUGUGGACAGAGCUGAUUCGAGGCCUGGGCAUGACCCUGAGCUACUUGUUCCGGGAGCCGGCCACCAUCAACUACCCAUUUGAGAAGGGCCCGCUGAGCCCACGCUUCCACGGGGAGCACGCACUUUGCCGGUACCCCUCGGGGGAGGAGCGCUGCAUUGUCUGCAAGCUCUGCGAGGCCAUCUGCCCGGCCCAGGCCAUCACCAUUGAGGCAGAGCCACGGGCAGAUGGCAGCCGCCAGACCACCCGCUACAACAUCGACAUGACCAAGUGCAUCUACUGCGGCUUUUGUCAGGAGGUCUGCCCUGUGGACGCCGUUGUGGAGGGCCCCAACUUCGAGUUCUCCACGGAGUCGCACGAAGAGCUGCUGUACAACAAGGAGAAGCUACUCAGCAACGGGGACAAGUGGGAGGCCGAGAUCGCCGCCAACAUCCAGGCCGACUACCUGUACCAGUGA